CACACCGACCGGGGCGCAGACUCUCUUCAUGUCGCUCACUUUCCCAGAGAACAGACGGCGGCAGCAACAGCAGCAGCAGGAGGAGGAGGAAGAGGAGGAGGAGGAGGGAGACGGUAAUCCCCCCACCUCCCUCCCUUUAUCCACCCCACCCCUCACCAAAAGCCAGAAGCGGGAGGCAGGAGGGGAACAAAACCUCUCGGGACACCUGUGCCGCUGUGAGAGGAUGCUGUCCGAGCGGAAGGAGGAUUAGAUGAAGGAUGUAGAGGAGGAGAGGAAACCGAAUCUGCGUCGAUCGAUGGUGACGGAGCCGCCUCCUCCACCACCACCACCUCCUCCACCAACACCACCGUCAGCCCGCGGAUGGAGACGCGCCGUCUCCUGGUGCUGAUGCUGAUCUAGCGCGCGCGCUGCGGGCUGCUGCCGCAUUGCCUGACCGCCGCCAGCGACGCCGUGGAGACGCCGGUGAUGCUGUCGUCGUCAUUGUGUCACAGACGGACAGAGGGACAGCUCUGACAUGGAGGAGAGCGACCCCCAUCAGCAGGUUGGAUCCGCAGCCUGAACAACUUCCACAUCCCUCCUCAAGUCCUACAGAGGAAGUGAUUCUGCGCGUAAAUGUGGCCCAUAUGUUGAUGGUGGAGAAUCCCAGCAGCAGCAGCAGCGCGUGUGCCACUUCAGGGUGGAUUACAGACCAGCAGGCCUCCAGCUGGAAUCAGCUCCUCAUCACUUCUCUGCCCUGUUGCUUCUGGAGCUAAACAUUUCUAUUCUUUUUCCAUUUUCCAAGCUGGAGGGACAGCUGUUGCAGAGCAUGACUCACUUACAGACUGGCCUCUCUCCAGAGACCCUGGAGAAGGCUAAGGUGGAGCUGAAGGAAAACCCGGACACCUUACACCAGGACAUCCAGGAGGUGAGGGACAUGAUCAUCACCAGGCCGGACAUCGGUUUCCUCAGGACAGACGACGCCUUCAUCCUUAGGUUUCUCCGGGCGAGGAAAUUCAACCACUUUGAGGCGUUCCGCCUGCUGGCUCAGUACUUUGAGUACAGGCAGCAGAACCUGGACAUGUUCAAGAACUUGAAAGCCACCGACCCGGGCAUCAAGCAGGCUCUGAAAGAUGGGUUUCCUGGAGUUCUGUCCAAUCUGGACAGAUAUGGAAGGAAGAUAUUGGUUCUGUUUGCAGCAAACUGGGACCAGAGCAGGUACACGUUCGUGGACAUACUGAGGGCGAUCUUGCUGUCUUUGGAGUCGAUGAUCGAAGAUCCCGAGCUGCAGGUCAACGGCUUCAUCCUCAUCAUCGACUGGAGCAACUUCACCUUCAAGCAGGCGUCCAAGCUGACCCCCAGCAUGCUGCGGCUGGCUAUUGAGGGGCUGCAGGACAGUUUUCCUGCCAGAUUUGGAGGGAUCCACUUCGUGAAUCAGCCCUGGUACAUCCAUGCUCUCUACACCGUCAUCCGGCCAUUCCUCAAAGACAAGACCAGGAAGAGAAUCUUCAUGCAUGGAAACAACCUGAACAGCCUUCACCAGCUCAUCCACCCAGAGAUCCUGCCAUCGGAGCUGGGGGGGAUGAUGCCUCCAUACGAUAUGGGGACGUGGGCUCGAACUCUGCUGGACCACGCUUACGAUGAGGAGACCGAUUACUGUCCGGAAUCCUACACGCUGUCGGUGCAAGACCUGGAGAGAGACCUGGAGAAGAACUUGUCCCCCAAAACCAUGAAGAGGUCUCAGUCGGUGGUGGAACCAGGCGUCCUGAAGAGACCAGACAAAGUGAAAAGCGACGAAGACAACAUGCAGCCUCUGCUCUCGCUGGACUGAGACGUAUACUAUCAGCUUGAAAGCGUCCACAAAUCAGUAUUUUCAACACACACAAACACAUGGACUUACAUGGGCACAAGCCAGACUCAACAAAAAAUAAAACACAUUCCCUACGGCAAUCUCCUCAACUCAAGGAAACGCCAGAGACGAGAGGAACACGUCCUGAGUCUGAAAGAGCUGCCGACGGAGUUAUACACAGUCUAUUUAUUUAUUUAUUUAGCUACAUGUCAAGUGCCAAUUUUAGGAAGUGUAAUUGAACGUCUUGAAAUAAUCAACUGGGAGCAGAGAGGACUUCUAAAGAGUUUCUUCGACUAACUUUGAAGGUGCCACACUUGAAGAUGUUUCCUUGUACAGUCAUAAGGAUUUGGACUACGCCUUUGAAGCAGCAGGUUUUUAAUAUAAUUCUCUUUUCUUAUCUCUAUUCACUAGAAAAACUUCUCCUAAUGAGCAAAAAAGGACGGUUCGGAACAAGAUGCUUGGAUUUCUUUUAGUUCACAUUUAUAGUUAUUUUCCAUUUUUAAGGUUCCUUCCUACAAAAUGAUUAUGCGUGUUAUCUAUUAUUCUUUUCCAGUCUCGCUCCAGUUAUUUCUUGGAGGAGCUGCGUUUGCCCUUCAGCCCUUUUCUCUGUUUUUCUGACCCACAUGUCACAGAACUCAAAGCUUUCGUCUGCUGUUAGAGACGCUGAAGGCUUAAUUUGAACAACUGUUGGGAAGAAUAUGACCAAAAUGUGUAUUUCAUGGGGAGAUUUCAGGUCGGUAAAGCAAGUAGUUUAAUCCUUUUUUUUGCUUUCAUUAAGCUAUAACACAAGAAUUAUUUUUUGCAUUUAAAAAAAAUAUUUUUAACAUAUGUAGUUGGCAUUAGUACUUUCUUAAACUUGCAAUUUUAAAUUUUAAUCAAAAUGGCAAAUAAGGAUUUUUGUAUUAUGAUAGGAGAAAAUUUAGUUAGAAAAAAGCUCAUUUUCAUAUUUUAGUUCACCGACAUAUUUGAAAAUUUGUCCUAAAUAUUUUUUUUCCAUUCAGAAUAUAAAUUAAAAUAUUUAUCUUAACAAAUUUUGACGAGCAAAAAUUAAAUCCAAAGAAAUGAAGUUAAUUUUUCCUUACUGAAACCUGUUUUUACAGUUGGAUUUUGUGAUUUAAAUUGGAAGGAUUGUGACAAAAAGGGCCAUUUUCAGAACAACAAGUCAAGUAUUUUUUACAAUUAAAGUCUCAGAGUUCACAUAAAAAAGGGAAAAAUAGAUAAUAAAAGCGCCCAGAACACAAGAAAGAAAUAAUAGAGGGGAAAAAAGAUUCCAUUAAUACAGUUAUGUUAUUUGACAGGACGAGAUGACGGUUUACUGGAAAAAUUAAAAAAAAUCCCAAACACAAAAGCUCAGGGGCAAAAAAAGAACAUGUUCAAAACAACUCUUUGUGAUUCGAAGUGGCAGCUGUUUGUCGUCUGGUUCAUCUCUGAACAUAUUUUCCACCUUCAAAAAAACAAACAUAUUUCUAAAUAUAUUCCUGUUUGUUUUCAUCCUAACAUACAGUCAUGCCUGAAAUUAUUCAACCCCUCGGCAAUGUUAAAGUUAGAGUUAAUGGUCAAUUUUCUCUCGUUUGGAUGAACACUAAAUGAGGUAUUAUAUCAAAAAGAUUUUGUUUACAUCUGAACAAAAAAGGGACAUUUUCAGAAUAUUUUUUAAGAAAUGUAAACAUAACCAACAAAAUAUGAGGAUUUUAAGUAUUUUUCAGUGGGUUAAUUGCAAAAACCAAAAUAGUCUAACACUGUAGUGACUGGUUUAUCUUAAAUCUUAGUGAGUCAAAACAUAUCAGUUUUAAUAACCAGCCUUCUGGUUUAUCAGUAAACAUCUUCUGUCUUAUAUUUGCUCUCACCAAAAUAGGACAUUAACUAAAUGGAUGACUCUAAUCCUUUGUAAAGUAGAGGCAGAUGGAUCAAACAUCUUCUUCUUCAUCAUAAUGAAGAUAUUUCUCAUAUUUUCUUCCUGCUUCGUCCUCAUCACUGUUCCUUCACCACAGAUGAUUAUUUCUGAGGAGUCAUUUUUUCCCCCUUGUCAUACUUUAUUAUAUUUGCUCUGUGAACACUCAAACUUGUUCAUCUUGUUCUGCAAAAUCCAAUUUCCCUCAAAUAUAAAAGUAUAUGAGGGUAAAUCCGAUGUUUGUCUAAUUAUGUCACAAAUGAAAAAAACAUCUCCAGACCACCUUAAAUAUUGUUUUUACACAAAAUGCAAGAUUCCACCUUAUUUUACUUUGUUAUUAAUAGUAAUAUGAAUCUGUAAAGUGACUUCUAGCAGUUUAAUUCAUCAGUAUGUCCUGUACAGAGAUGGUAAAGUGCUUUAUUCACAGUUUUAUUUGAGAUUGUUCAUAUUUAAGGUGAAGAGUUUUAACCGAUUGAUGGUUCAGAUAGAAAUAUAUCAAUGAACGAAAUAUAUAUCUUUACUAAUAGGAUUGUCAAGGAACUUUGUUUACGUUUUUAUAGAUGAGGUCUGACUUUUUUGAAAACUUAAUUAAUGCAGUUGGUUUUAGAGGUGUCUACUUUUCCAUCAAUGUUGUAGUUUUUGCUUAUUUUGGAGGCAACCCCAAACAAAUUAAAUGUUUUCAGGAACAAGAUUGUAUUUUUUAAUCCAGUAAGAGACAAAUCCAGACAAACUAGCUGUUUUUAUGCGUCACUGUGUUUUCUCGAUGCCAAAUGCUUUGUUUUGAUUGUUCCGGUCAGUCGCCGCAGACCCUCAAGGUGCGGAGAUGUGACAACGGAAGGUUUAGAAGAACAAGUAGACUUUGAUGAGCGCAGCAGCACCGAGCCGGGCAGGCAAGCAGGCAGCCGAGCCGAUCACAGCAAAGCCGGGAGGCAGGAUGCAUGAAGUGGCCAGCUGCAACCAGAGCAGACAGCUUGAAUGCUGAACUACCGCACCAGCAUGCACAGCGUGUCAGCAUCGCUUAGAGGAGCCUCUGCUCCGGUUGUCCCUUCAGUUCAGUGCUGACAAAACACAGCGGCGAAAACAACAGCAGAUGCAACAAUGAGACCGGCUCUAAUUGAAAUCAGUCGGUAAGAGAAAAACCUGAGCUGAAAGUUGGGCAGAAUUUUACCAAUUUUUAUAUUAAUAAUUAUAUAUUUUUUAAAUAUUUCAUACAUUUUCUGGUGGAAGAUUAUAAAGCCCCUAAAGGGACAUCGAAGUAAAACAUACAUGAAUAAAU